AUGUCUGAAGCAAGUUUUUUUGGUUCAUCAGAUACUGAAGCAGGCAGUGUUGAUCCAUGUCAUCGAUUACUUAUGUUAAACUUUGUUCAUUUACUUGAUGAUGCUGGAUAUAGUGUUGACAAAAUCAAUGGUACAAAAACACCAGUAAUUAUUGGACAAUUUUCAACAGAUCAUGCAGUUGCAACAACUCGUAUGAAACCUGAACAUCGAUCAAGAUUUCAUAGACCAAAUACAUUAUAA